AACACAGGACACUGGUCUGCUUUAAUGCACUGCUUGUUAGAUGGUAAACUAUCACGUAUAUAGAAAACAUACUGGAAGUAUAUCGUCCAUCCGGUGUUGACUAUUUAAACAUACUAACGAACAGUCACUGUGCAAAAAGCUUUUGGAAGAAGAACCUGCAAGAAUAUAUAACAGGAACUGUGAUUUUUUAAUUAAAAAGAGAAAAUUUUUAGGGAGCAUAACUUCUUCACAGCUCUCCAAACCAGGGCAGUGGCAAGAUCCAAUUAAGAUGUCUUCAACAGAGCCUCCUGUCAGCGCGAACACUUCAGGGAACUUCACCACACAGCAACCAGACGAAUCUUUCCUGGACUCAGAAUUCCGCUACACACUCUUCCCAGCUUUCUACGGCGUGGUGUUUGUAAUCGGGCUGGCAGCCAAUGCAUAUGCCCUCUAUGUCCUGCAUCACAUGCGAGAGUCCAGGGCCAUGAGUGAGAUGCGCAUCUACAUGACCAACCUGACUGUGGCAGACCUACUUUUCGUCUGUGUGCUUCCCUUCUGGAUUAGCUAUUACAGUCAUCGUGGCAACUGGAUCUACUCGGAUGCUCUGUGCCGCAUUAGUGGCUCACUGUUCUUCAUCAAUACCUACUGCUCUGUCCUCUUCCUCACCGUCAUCAGCAUCAAUCGCUACUGGGCUGUGACUCGGCCACUGGUGGCUGCGUCCUCUGACUGCUGGAAACGCGGUGCCAUUACCUCAGUGAUUGUCUGGGCUAUUACCCUGGCGGCGGCAGCCAAUCAGCUUGCUGAGCCUGGCAUCCAGGAAGACAAGCAUGCAGGAGUCUCACGAUGCUUCGAAGGCUACCAUAACAAUAAUUCUGAAUCCAAGCUCCCUGUUGUUGUUAUCCACUUCAUCAUCAUUGGCCUGUUCUUUACAGUCUUCCUCCUUGUGGUGUUGUGCAAUGUGCUUAUCGCUUGCACCCUCCUAGCACAGCCCAUUAGUCAGCCACGACCCAGUACAGGAAGACGACCCUAUGGUACCAAACGUCGCGCCUUGCGGAUGCUGUGCGCAGUUGUAGGUGUGUUUGUAAUUUGUUUUGUUCCUCAUCACGUAGUCCAGGGACCAUGGACGCUGGGCGUUCUGAAGAUGACCAACUGGAGUGAGGAAACCCUGCAGUAUCUGAACGACGCCCACCAAGUCACGCUGCUCCUCAUGGGGUUGAACUGCAUCCUGGACCCAAUAGUAUACUGCUUUUCCACCAGGAAGUUCCGAAUGUACAUCCAGGAUCACCUGAAGAAAGUGAAGCAGGGGAAAAACUGCUCCAACCACACCAGCACCACGGGUUUGUCUGUGAAAAUCAGGAAACAGAGUGAAGAACUGAGUGUCUUUGAACAGAAGGAGUAGCAGAGAUUUGAAAAACCUCAAACAACCUUUACUAGCAAGUUGUUUUUACAGUCUGAGACAUCUAACAAAGACUUGGCAUUUUCAGAUGAGAUGUAAAAAAUGAGCCUUCAUCUGGGAUAGAAGGAAUUUCAUAUUUUUAUCCAGAAGGUAGAACUGAAUUCCCACUGGCAUCACUAUCAGCAGGGAGUCGAAUGGCAUUAUGGGUAAUUUAGGAAACUGUUAACCAAUGUGAAAAUAGAUAAGCACGUCCAUAAAAGAAGUCUAAACUGAAAAAGUCAACUCAGUAUUUCUUUACAAAUGAAUUCGUGGAUUGAACUAUUGAAUUUCACAUGUUAAUUAUAAAGACUCAGGGUGAAUUAUUACUUGAACCAAGUGGCCGAUGGCUAAUUUCAUAAUUGUCCGUGCACUGUCCAAAAGAAAUUCCAGGAUUUCAUAGAAUUGGAAGUAGGGUUUGAACCCAUCUUUAUUUUGACAUGUAAAAUAUCAGCAGUAGCGUGUUCUGGACUUCCCCUUUUGUCGGAAUGUCACAAUGUUGUAUUCUUGGGCAAGUUUUUGUGUUCCUCAAAAGACAGGAAGUACAGAAUUCACAGGAAUUGUGUUCUUCUACUGGUGUGGUUCACAUCGCCAGUGCUCUGCCAUGUUUGCAAUUUUCACACUCCACCUCACCUGAAUUAAUUCAUUAGCUAAUUUUAAAGACCUUUUAAUCAGCAAGAUUUUACAGCAGUGAAAGCAGUAACAUAAAGUUAGUUGCUCAGGGUAAGGAUUGAGAAUCAUUGUGGAUCAUGCAUGUUUGUGGGUUUGUCACAGGAUGUAUGUGAUGUUUGUAUCUCGAGUGAAGCCAGCUGAGCUUAACACCACUGAGAUGUACAUUAUUGCUUGUCAUAUUCAUGCACUUUGGUUAUGAUGAAAUACUGGAUGUCGUGCUACAUUAAGUCCUAAACAUGCUUGAUAAAGAGUACUGAAGUGUGUCCUCAACAGUGCUUUAAUUUUUUUGGUGCAAAUCCAAAUGGAAAUCUAUUAUUACUGUAGUUAUUAAAGUAAUAUAACACAAUAAGUGUAUAUAUUUGCUUAAGCUUUAUUUUUGUGUGUGUGUGUGUGUGUUUUUUUUUUUAAUUUGCAGUGUAUUUUGUUUGUUGUGUCUUUUUCUUAGUAAAGUCUCAAUGCGCUUAACUGUUAUAUAAACAGUCUAUACAACAGAAUUUGGCUGAUUUGUUCAUCAUAUGAGAUGUUUUGCUUAAUUUGUGUACCAGCUUGCGUAUGAGUAAGAAAUGUUGCAAAACACGUUACUUCCUCAGUAGACUUUUAAUUGCACAAAUUAAAACAUAAAUUGAAGCACAGACAAAACUGCAAUAUUGUGGAUUAGAAUUUG